UCACAGUGGACUAGCCACAGGUUGGGGUCAGGGUUCAUAGCCAACAAAACAUAUACUAUCCUGAACGUAGUAGUAAAAGUAACUGAGUAGUACACAGAAGAGACAUGUCAGCAACAGGCAAGGGGAGAAAAAGAGUUCUAAUGGUUGGCCUGCUGUGUCAAGAUAUUCUAAAUCUGGUAGAUCACUAUCCGACGGAGGAUGAGGACGUGAGGUGUGUGAACCAGUUCUGGCAGAAAGGUGGGAAUGCAGCCAACAGUGCCUGUGUCCUGUCCAGUCUGGGAGAGCCCACUGAGUACCUGGGCACGGUGUCCUCCAGGCCAGAGGCAAGAUGUGCCCUACAGGAGCUGCAGGACUUUGGUGUACUAACAGAACAUGUGGUGUACUCUGACUGCCCCAUACCAACCUCCUGUGUUAUCAUUAACACACAGACUGGCUCCAGGACAAUAGUUCAUGGUGGCAGAAACAUGGCAGAAUUAACAGCAGCAGAUUUCAGCAGCCUGGACCUUAAUCAUUAUAAAUGGAUUCACUUUGAGGGCAGGAACACUGCGGAAGUUUGCAAGAUGAUGGAGAUUGUUGAGGAGUUCAACAGGAAUGUAGUAACCCCUGAUGAUGCCAUCACUCUGUCAACUGAGUGUGAGAAACCAAAGUACAACAUGGGAUACCUCAUUCCCAAAGUAGAUGUGCUGUUUAUGUCUAAAGAGUAUGCAGAAAGCUGUGGUUUCUCCAGUGCAGAGGAAACAGUGAAGUCACUGUUGCAAAGAGUAAAGAAAGGGAGCACUGUGCUGUGUACCUGGGGUGACCAGGGUGCAGAUGGCAUCACUCCUGAGGGAACACACUACCAUUGCAAGGCCUUCCCCCCAGAGAAAGUGGUGGAUACCCUGGGUGCUGGGGACACGUUUAACGCUGCUGUAAUCUCUGGCCUCUGUAGAAGCAGCAGUUUGGAGAAGGCACUCAGGCUGGGAUGUAGAAUAGCAGGACAGAAAUGUGGACAGUUUGGAUAUAAAAAUCUGCACAGCUGAUGCAUAUUUAAAACUUCCAAAUUCACUGGUGAGCUUACUAGAUAAAGAGUGGAAUGUGUAAGAAAGGGACAUUUUUGAUGGAUGAAAAUCUACCCUUUUUUAUCUUCCAUGAGGAGGUAGUGAUUUUGUUGUUAUUGGUCUAUUGAAAGAAUGACUAUAAAAUCAUUAAGUAUUUGAUAAACAACCUAUAUAGUAAAUGUGAAAUAAAAUGAACUUUUGUGUAGGCCGGAGUCCUGGUAUAGUGAUUAAUAUGUGUUUUGCGUGUUCCUAUAUAUCGCUCACAGAAAAUGAACUCAUGCAAGUAUCUGACAAAAAACUGGGAACAUCGUAUUUUAUAAUGGUACUCAUUUAUGCAGUUUCUUUUUUGCUACAGUAAUAUAUC